AUGAGGAAACAAUCCGAUCUUCGACAAUUUAUCUCCAAAAAGAGAAAAUCUCGUGACAUAAGCUCUCCGACUUCUAGCUUUCGAGCCGCAAACCCUCCUGCUUCAAACUCUGCAGCAAAUCCUCCAGCUUCAAACACUCCAGCUUCAAGCACUCCUGCUUUAAUUGAUAAUGUGUCUCCUUCAAAUGCUAGUGUGCCAUCUCGCGAGAAAGAAUUGAUUUAUGAUGUUGAAUACGUUCCUCAAGAUCCUGGGAAAAGAAAAGACAUAAUGGAGUAUCCUCCACAUGAGCGAGAUGCAGUUAGAAGAGCCUAUAUUCUUAGAAAACCUUGUCAGCCAAAAAAUCAUAAAUUUCCCCGAAAAGAAAUUGGAGGUUCACGUCGAUUUAUGACUUCAUGGUAUGAUAAAUGGGAUUGGCUUGAAUAUAGCAUGGAAGAAGAUGCUGCAUUUUGUUUUGUUUGCUACUUGUUCAAGAAUGAAGUUGGACUUAAUGCGGGGGGAGACGCGUUUGUGAAUAAAGGAUUUAAGUCAUGGAAUAAGCCAGAUAGAUUUAUUAAACAUAUUGGUGGGUCAGAAGUGCUCAUAAUCGUGCUUAUGAGAAAUAUGUGA